CGACAAUGUCCAUCCCUAACCCAUUUGACAGACCACCAUGACAAUAAGACCAGCAUUCGAGGCAGUGACGAAGGGCCGAAAUGGCGUCGGCGCCUUCAUCCUGCAAUGUAAGAGGAUGGAUUUCCACUACUGCGACUGGGCAGGGAGCUCAAGAGGCAUGAACUCCUUCAUCAAGUCGAUGCUCCCCAAGUUCGCCGCCGCACACCCCGAGAUCGAAAUCACCGUCUCCCCACGGCCUACGAAGCACCCUCUCAUCAGCGCACACUACAUCAAUGGCAACACGCGGGCGGUCUGCGUCAAGAACUUCCACGCCAACCAAAUACAGCAAAAGGUUGACCUGUUGCGGGACUCGACGGGCGAGAAGAACAAGAAGUUCAGCAAGCCGGUGAGGAGUAUCAACGAGAGUGUUAGAGGAAUCUGGUCACCAUAUCACGGCAAGGGCCUCACAGUAUAGACGGGGUCGAGCCGACUGGAAUGUGAUAGAAGGAGAACGUGUAUUUUACAUGCAUGGUGCCGGCGCGCCAAAUCUCGACAGAGGAGCGGUCUUCAAGGGUCGCAUCACGUGUCGAAUAUAUACCCGGACUAGGUCUUCAAAGCGUCAAGAAGCGCAAUUCAACGAGACACGAAUAUUCGGAUGUCCCAAAUGGAGUGAUUACAAGGA